ACAACUAGAGGGAGCACUGUACUUUAUCUCCCAAACCAAAAAUAGGAUAAAAACACUGAGCCAGUGAAAAAAAGGCAUCAUUCCUGUUAGAUCUGAAUCUAAUAAAGUUUUUUUUUCUAUAUUUAUCGUCACCAUUCUUUUAAGUUAAAGGGAAAAGAAUAACUUCACUCACUCCCAUUCUCGGAUCUCUGCUCCACCAGUGGCACGACUCCGACUUCUUCUUCUUCUUCUUCUUCUUCUAGAAACUCACAUAUAGAGAAACAGAGAGGAGAGAGUAAACCCUUUUACUUUUUGGUUAUUGUGAGGAGAUUGUGUUUUAAUGAUGAGAGGUAGAUCUGAUGGAGGCCAAAAGAAGCGGCUAAUUGCUUCUGUCUGCGCGGUGGCUUUACUCCUCUGCUUCGUGUAUAUGUACUAUGGUUCCUCUAACCAAGGUGCAUCAGCAUUGGAGUACGGAAGAUCACUGAGAAAACUCGGAUCCUCUUAUUUGGGUGGAGAUGAUGAUGAUAAUAAUGGUGAUAACAAACAAGACGGAUCUGUCACCAGUGAAGAAGACAGCCUUGCUGUGGCCAAAAGCUUCCCUGUUUGUGAUGAUCGGCACUCGGAGAUCAUCCCUUGCUUAGACAGGAACUUCAUCUACCAGAGUAGGUUGAAGCUGGAUCUAUCUCUAAUGGAACACUACGAACGUCACUGUCCUCCUCCCGAGAGAAAGUUCAACUGUUUGAUUCCUCCUCCAUCUGGCUACAAGGUUCCUAUUAAGUGGCCUAAGAGCAGAGAUGAAGUGUGGCAAGCGAACAUACCUCACACUCACCUUGCUAAAGAGAAGUCUGAUCAGAACUGGAUGGUUGUCAAAGGAGAUAAAAUCAAUUUUCCAGGUGGUGGCACUCAUUUCCAUUACGGAGCUGAUAAGUACAUUGCAUCCAUCGCCAAUAUGCUUAACUUCUCUAACGAUGUAUUAAACGACGAAGGGAGGUUAAGAACGGUUCUUGAUGUUGGAUGUGGAGUAGCUAGCUUUGGAGCUUACCUCCUCUCCUCUGACAUAAUCGCAAUGUCAUUAGCGCCAAACGACGUUCACCAGAACCAAAUCCAGUUUGCACUAGAGAGAGGCAUCCCUGCUUACCUCGGCGUCUUAGGCACCAAGAGACUUCCUUACCCGAGCAGAUCGUUCGAGCUAGCUCACUGCUCUCGGUGUAGGAUCGACUGGCUUCAAAGAGACGGCAUUCUUCUCCUCGAGCUCGACCGUGUGCUAAGACCUGGAGGCUACUUCGCUUAUUCCUCUCCCGAAGCUUACGCGCAAGACGAAGAGGAUUUGAGGAUAUGGAAGGAGAUGAGCGCGCUUGUUGAGAGGAUGUGUUGGAGAAUCGCUGCUAAGAGAAACCAAACUGUUGUUUGGCAGAAACCGUUGAGUAAUGACUGUUACUUGGAGAGAGAGCCAGGGACACAGCCUCCUCUUUGUCGCUCGGAUGCUGAUCCUGAUGCAGUUUAUGGUGUGUCAAUGGAAGCUUGCAUCACUCCUUACUCCAAGCAUGACCAUAAGACCAAGGGAAGUGGGUUAGCUCCAUGGCCAGCUAGGAUGACUUCUCCUCCACCCCGUCUUGCGGACUUUGGUUAUUCAACACAUAUGUUUGAGAAAGACACGGAACUAUGGAAACAGCAAGUGGACAGCUACUGGAACCUAAUGUCGUCAAAAGUCAAAGCAAACACCGUGAGGAACAUAAUGGACAUGAAAGCUCACAUGGGUUCUUUCGCAGCUGCUCUUAAAGACAAAGAUGUGUGGGUUAUGAACGUUGUCUCUCCCGACGGUCCCAACACUCUUAAACUCAUCUAUGACCGCGGUUUAAUCGGAACAAAUCAUAACUGGUGUGAGGCUUUCUCUACAUACCCGAGAACAUACGAUCUCUUGCACGCGUGGACUGUUUUCUCAGACAUUAGAAGCAAAGGAUGCAGCGCGGAGGAUCUGUUGAUUGAGAUGGAUAGGAUUCUUAGACCUACAGGGUUCAUCAUCAUCAGAGACAAGGAGAGCGUUGUUGAGUCGAUCAAGAAGUAUAUGAAAGCUUUGCAUUGGGAGGUUGUGGCGUCUGAGAAAGUAACUACGGGUUCGGAGCUUGACCAAGAGAGUGAAGAUGGUGAGAGCACUGUCGUUUUUAUCGUCCAGAAGAAACUGUGGCUCACCAGUGAAAGCCUUAGGGACACUGAGUAAUCAGAAUCAACAGCAGAAGAAGAGGAAAUAAAAAAGAAAGAAAUUGUUUUAUUCCCACAUGUUUUUAUGUAGUUUUUAUUUCGAUUUGUACCACAUAAGCAAUAUUAUAUAAUUAAUUAUUAAAAUUAAUCAUUA